AUGAGAGACGAGCUGUGCGAGAUUGACGAGAGUCGUGAGAGACAUUCGAAUUUCCGAAGUUCAAAUGGUCCUAUAAGUGGUCAAGGUCGUUACGUGGUGCCUUUUACGAUGUCGAGGGAAGAAGAAACCAUCGAGUUGGAGAUGGCACGGUCGCAGCUAAGACAAUUGAUGGAUGAAUGUGCAGCACCAAAUACAGAAGCCAUGAACAAAUCGUGGACUCGAGUCAAGUCUGGAAAGAAGUCACUUGGCGUCAUUCUUUGGGAGAGGCGUUCUACACGAGAAGCAAAGAAAAAUGGAUGGGGUGGCUUGUCUUCAAUGAGUCAACACGACUAUAUUCCAAUGACAUAUAGUAUUCGAAGCAGCACGACUGUAUGUGCACCAGUGGAAAUGGUACUUAAGACUCUAGAUGCUUCGGUGGCAACAGCUCAUCGAUCUUUCACUCGAAUCAUUUACGGCAACCUUGUGGCUGACGCGGCUGUUCUGUACCAUAGCUCAACACCCAGUCCCGAUCCGUUGGCAAAAAAUGAGAGUGAUAGCAUGGAAUCUCUUGCUGUACGCUGGUUUGUCUGCCGCUGUAGUAAUCCCGUCGUCUUAAAUUGCGACUUUUGUCUUCAAGAGUACACGAAACGACACUCGAUUGAUGAGCUUUCACUCAAUUCUGAUUACUUGAACAAUAACAAGCUUGAUAAUGACGACACAGUAUGGGGUGGUAAUCAUCAAGGACUGCAUCCAAUUAAUGAAAAGCCAAUUGCUUACAAGCUUUUUCAGUCGACAGAGAAUCGCCAUUGCCCUGAAUUGCUUGCAUCACAUCGAAUCGUACGUUGCAACGUACCUUUAGGCGGAUAUCUCUUGUAUCCUACCAAUAAUAGUGACAAGACUGAUGUCGUGUUUUUCAUGACCAUUGCUCAAGAUGAAAUUAACAGAAAUUCAGCAUCGAACAAUGCAUCAUGUAGUGAUCGACAAUUUCGUGCACUUCAAAGCGUCGUACGACAGAUGGCUCGCCAAAUAGGUCGCUUGGACAAUGCCGUGGAAUCGUAUAAGUUGAGCUUGCAUCUUGAAUCGCUACGCUCUUUGCAAUGGGUGCAAAACACUGAACGGAACGAGUGUGUCGUUUGUUUCAGAAGAUUUCAUCAGCUCACUCGACGUAAACAUCAUUGUCGCUUGUGUGGAGAAGUCAUCUGCCGUGAUUGUUCGGUACAUAAAGAUGUUGAUCUGCCUACUUGCGGACUUACUGCACUGCGAAUCUGUACGAGUUGUAAUAAGGUACAACGAUCGAAGACACCGCAAGCUUUUGUUUCAUCAGAAAAACCACGAAGGCGCCGGGGGACAAUAAAUACAAGUCAAAUCAUAAGUUACUCCUAUACCGAGACGCUGGAAACUCCUGUCCGGCACAAAAGUAACACUUUCCGUGGUAAACCUAAUAAGUUUAUAGUUGAGAAACGAGAGAAAAUGCUAGAGGAACGACAGCCAGUGGAAGCCGUAGAUGCGCAAAAGGUGCAUGAACAAGCUGCUAGUUGCCCCAAACCUGCACUUGAAGGCGAUCAGUGUUCAAAAUUCUGGUGCGAUCCUCGACAAAAGAAGGCAUCGAUUUUGACGCCAGGUACUAGUACUGCAAAUUCAGCAUCAUUGCCAUUUGGGCUGCCUCGGUCAUCCUCAGAAACAUUCUCGGCUUUUCCGCAUAGCUUAUCAAGUCACUUUACUCAACAGACAAAAGCUGAUCUCCAAAGCGAUGACCGUGAAGACGAAGAUAAAUUUGAAAAUCUUGCUGACAGCUACAAUUCUGGUCUUGAAUUGGUAUGGAGUUCGACAUCUUGUCGCCGGCAUGCAGUUUACGAUGUGAAAAAUGGAGUGUUACAGCCAAAAAGCGAACGAAACCUGAAGAGUAUGUCACAUGCUACUACAAAUAAUCAAAGUCAGCAAGAUAGAUUAUUGAUUCACCGAGAAUUUGAGUCGCUGAAAAUGUAUGAAGACAUUUUUCUCAGACUUUGUGAGCAUUCGGCUUCAGUGCGAAACUCUAGCUUUGUUGCACUGACAUUAUUCGCGAAAUCUGACAAGAACCAGCAUAAUGAGACCGAGUCAGAAUUUUCGACUAUCCAGUAUUUGAAGGCUCGAGGAAGGUCUACGCUAAUCCGUGUAGCGGCGAACAUGCGUUGCUGUGACCCGGUGCUAAAGCUAAGUAAACCAAUAAUUACACGUAACACGUUGGCUCUUGAGGGGAAGCUAGCAGUCCAUCCAUCAGGAUACGAUUUUCGGCAAUUACCAAUAGUCAUGGGCCCACAGCAAGCGAGGUUCUACGCUGGGGUACCGCUUACCGACUCAAAAAUGCGAUAUCGGUAUGGCGCUAUUGCCAUCUUCGAUGCUGCAUCCAGUACUGGCAUGGAUAAUGACUUGCCUAUGAUAAAAACACUGCAAGCACUGCAAGUAUGUGUACGCGAGGCAGUCAUGGCUGUAGAUGAAAGGAGGAAGGAUCUAGAAUUACGGAUGUUUCUGCAAGCACCUUUGAUUCAGUUACGACAAUCUGAACCGGCACUACAUCUCAGCAUGGACAUACCCAAGUCAAAUUUAGAUUGGCAGGAUAUCGAGAGCCUUGACGGGGAUGACGACAAGGAUGACGAUGAUGAUUCCAGAAGUUGCAUUGAAUACGACACUAGGAAUUUAAAGUUGAGAAGCAGUCCUGGGUUCCAGGCUAAUGGCAGCUCUCGUGUGGGCAAGGCCCGAGCUGAGCAUUUUCGGAAAAAGAUGCAAGAGCUUGUGCGACAGGCUCAAGAUACCCAGGCACAAAUGGUCGAAAACACGCUCGUUAUGGAACGUCAAGGGGUUCCUAUCGUCUAA